ACGCACAAUUCUCCACUUGGAUUUUUUCCUCCUUAGCCAUUCAUCUUCUUUAUAUAUUUUCACCAUUUUCUUCUCAAGUUCCUAAUGCAUUCCUUGCUUCAUAUGUUAACCUUUACUGAAAAUUUACUCUAAUAAACUAACAGAUUGAGAAAAAUGUAUGUGAAGUUUCAGUAUGUUGACACUAGCAAUUGUUUUCACAUACUUAACUCAACUAAAUCCACUCCCAGUACUGGAAUUUCAAUCCAACCCACUAAGAAAUACAAAGAACAGCACAAAUUACAUGACCCAAAUGGUAGAAUUGAGAAAAGCAAGAAUCUUGGGGUUAAAUUCAGGCCUGGUGUUGUAAAAGAGAAGUUGGAUUAUCAAACUGGAAAAAACUUGCAUACCCAUGUUUGGAAAAAUGGUGUUUUAAAGACCCAAAAUGGUUUCUUGAGAAAACCAGUUGAUAAAACUGAGAGUGAAGAGGAAAUUGAUGGUGAAUUGAGCUUGGGAAAUGUGGUGCAGACUAAGUGUUCGACGAAAUGCUCCAAUGAAGUGAAGGAGGCUCAAAUUGGUAUUUUGAAGACCCAAAAUGGUGUUUUGAAAACCCAAAAUGGUAUUUCUAGGAAACCAGUUGAUAAGGAGACCCAAAAUGGUUUUAAAGACCCAAAACGAUGUUUUGACCAAAAAUGGUAUUUUUAGGAAACCAGUUGAAAAUGGUUUUUAGGAAAUGGUGUUUUUAGGAAACCAGUUGAGAGAACUGAGAGUAAGAAAAAUGUUGGUGGUCAAUUGAGCUCAGGCAAUGCGGUGGAGAAAGUGCAGAAUAAGGGUUCGAUGAAAUGGGCCAGAUAUGGAGGAUGCAUUCCUGUUAUGCUGGAAGCUUUGGAGACGGUUAGUAACUUGGAUGAGGCAUUAAAGCCAUGGGAAAAGAGUUUGACUAAAAAAGAAAGGACUAUUAUAUUGAAGGAGCAGGUGGAGUGGCAACGAGCGAUGGAGAUUUUUGAGUGGUUUAAGAGAAGAGGAUGCCAUGAAUUGAAUGUUAUACAUUAUAAUAUUAUGCUUAGGAUUCUCGGGAGAGCACAGAGGUGGGGUGAGAUUGAGAGGUUAUGGGGCGAAAUGAAGGAAAGGAGAAUUGAGCCAAUAAAUUCAACUUAUGGGACUCUGAUCGAUGUCUACAGCAAGGGUGGACGUAGGGACCAGGCAGUGGAAUGGUUGAAAUUAAUGAAUAAACGAGGGAUGGUGCCAGAUGAGGUGACAAUGGGAAUUGUUGUUCAGAUGUAUAAAAUGGCAGGGGAGUUUAAGAAGGCGGAAGAGUUUCUGAAAAAGUGGUCUUUAUGCAAAUGUCAAGUGGAGGAACGUGUAAAUGGUGCGCCAAGAAGUGGUAUCAGAGUCAAUGGUUCUUCUGGUUCAAGUGUUUGUUUGAGCUCACAUACUUAUAACAACUUAAUCGACACUUACGGGAAAGCAGGACAAGUGAAAGAAGCAUAUGAGACUUUUCACCAGAUGCUGAGGGAAGGGAUCGUGCCGACAACAGUUACUUUCAAUACAAUGAUUCACAUGUGUGGUAAUAAUGGACGAAUGGAAGAAGUUGCUUCCUUGAUGGGGAAGAUGGAGGGGCUUCAGUGCCAUCCUGAUACACGAACAUACAACAUACUUAUUUCCCUUCACGCAAAGCAUGACAACAUACAAAUGGCCGCCACCUACUUUAAACUUAUGAAAGAUGCUUCUCUAGAGCCAGAUGCAGUGACCUAUCGCACUCUUUUGUAUGCAUUUUCUAUAAGAAAUAUGGUCAGUGAAGCAGAGAAGCUCAUUUUGGAGAUGGAUAAGAAAGAUCUACAGAUUGACGAAUUCACUCAGUCAGCUUUGACUAGGAUGUAUCUAGAAGCGGGGAUGGUAGAAAAGUCAUGGUCCUGGUUCCAGAGGUUUCAUCUUUCAGGAAAAAUGUCUUCUGAAUGCUAUUCUGCUAAUAUCGAUGCCUUCGGUGAACGUGGCCAUAUUUCGGAAGCUGAGAAAGCUUUUAAUUGCUGUAGGGAGGGAAAAAGACUCACUGUUCUUGAGUUCAAUGUAAUGAUCAAAGCAUAUGGAAUUAGCAAGAGAUAUAACGAGGCAUGCUACUUGUUUGAUAGCAUGGAGACACAUGGCUUAUCUCCUGAUAGAUGCGGCUAUAGUUCACUCAUUCAAUUGCUUGCUGGUGCAGAUUUGCCGCAGAAAGCAGCAUCUUAUGCGAGGAAAAUGCAGGAGGCGGGAUUAGUUGAUGAUUGCAUCCCUUAUUGUGCUGUGAUAUCUAGUUUUGUUAAAGUAGGUCAGCUGGAAAUGGCAGUAAGAUUAUUCGAUGAAAUGACUGCAUUUGACGUCAAUCCGGAUGUUGUUGUCUAUGGUGUACUGAUAAAUGCCUUUGCUGACAUAGGAAGCGUUAAAGACGCUACAAAAUACUUGGUUGAAAUGAGAAACUCUGGUUUAGAGGCAAAUGCUGUUAUAUAUACUUCCUUAAUUAAGCUAUACACCAAGGUUGGGUAUUUGAGAGAAGCACAAGAAACGUAUAAAAUGCUUCAGUCGUUUGAGGCAGGGGCUGAUGUAUAUUCUUCAAAUUGCAUGAUUGACUUGUACAGCGAGCGCUCUAUGGUUAGACAAGCAGAAGAGAUUUUCGAGCACCUGAAGAUAAAGGGAAAUGCAAACGAAUUUUCUUAUGCAAUGAUGUUGUGUAUGUACAAGAGAAAUGGAAUGUUUAAGGAAGCCUAUCAAAAUGCCCGGAAAAUGAGAGAACUGGGACUUCUGAGUGACUUGUUGAGUUACAACAAUGUGCUUGGAUUGUAUGCAACUGAUGGGAGGUUUAAAGAAGCUUUGGCGACUUACAAGGAAAUGCUUUCUUCUGCCAUCCAACCUGAUGAUUCAACAUACAAAUCACUUGGAAUUGUUCUUCUUAAAUGCGGUGUUCCAAAGGAGGCUGUUGGUAGGCUGGAAUCUCUGAGGAAAAAGGAUUCUCAGAGUGGCAUGCAAGAGUGGGCUUCAGCCCUAUCUUCCGUUAUUGGUGUGCUUGAUACUGAAAAUCCUGAUAGAAAAGAUGCUUAGUUUUUUAAAUAUUCAUGGUUUUAAGAUACAAGAAAAGAGAUAGGAGAUGAUUGCAGCAUGGGUUAGGGUCUGCAGAUAUUAAACUUUAUUAGAGCACUCUCUCGAAGAGAAACUGCUUCAUGCUCUGCUGACGUAGGUAGAUUCUAGUGAAGUGGCUCAAGCCUCCCAUGUAAUUUUCACAAUUUGAUUGUUGUAAAUACAAAUGUAUUGAACCUUUGUCAGAUCUAGGCAUCAUUAUUAAGUGCUAUCUCUAGUAGCAUCCUUCA